AAAGCUAAGUUGCUGACGUCAGUACCCUUUAAAGACAUGAUGUUACCAGAGAGUCUGAACAGUGUGCAGGUGCAGAGAUGGAAAGCAUCACUUUCCCCACACUAACUUUGAUGGUUCUCUUCCUCAGCUGGACUUGCUGUGCUGAGGAGGAUACAGAGGCUCUCUCCUGCCCAGAAUACCAGGAGAGUUUUGACGGCUCUUGCUACGAGUUUGUGGGUCUGCAGCAAUCCUUCCUCAGUGCCCAGGGAUGGUGUGAGCGAGGCGGAGGACACCUGGCCUUCAUCCUGAAUGAUGAAACACAGCAGUUCCUUCAGAAGCACCUGGAGCCGGGGAAGGACUGGUGGCUUGGGCUGGCACCUGCAGCUCCAAACCUCACGCUCGACUCUGCUGCCACUGACGGUUUGCUUGCGUGGCUGGAUGGCUCAGAUGUUAGCUAUAGUAACUGGGUGAACAUGCCAGAUGCACAAGCAGCCUGUGGACAUAUCCUGAGACAUUCAGGCUUCCAAUGGGAAGCUGCAGGGAACUGUAGCCAGGAGCUCAACUUCAUUUGCCAGUUUGAUUCUGGGAGAUCUAUCGCAUGUGAUGGCCAAAAUGCAACAUUACAAUGUGGUUCUGGUCAAGUUAUAGAGAUAGAUGACAGCUUCUAUGGUCGAAAAACAAUUCACUACUGCCGAUCCAAACUUACAGCUUCGCCCACAUCCUCCCAAGAAGAGUGCAGCUGGAUAGAUGUGAUAGAUUCUGUAACAGCCCAUUGCCACGGACUGCAGGCUUGCCAGGCUCCAGUGGACCUGAGCUCUUUUGGUGAACCAUGCCCUGUGCUGGGGAGUUACCUGUCUGUAGAGUACCGCUGCAAACAUGGACUCCACUUGUUGAUGAGUAAGCUGGCGGCCGUCUUUGAUAAUGUCACCAUCACUGUGAAGUGGCUCCUUCAUCCUUUUCAGGGAAACCUCACAUGCACACUGAAUGCUGGAGAUGGCCACACUAUUGAUCCAUACAGCCCAGUAGAGAUGGAGAGCACUGUGAUGCACAAAUUCCGCCGUCCCGGUGUUUUCAUGGUUGGAGUGGAGUGCACCACCAGUGACUGGCAUGUUACAGCUCAGAAAGCCAUAACCAUUCAGGAGCCUGUUGGAGAGUUUGGUGUUGUUAAGUGCUAUAGCAGGAAUAUAUCAACAGAUGGCACUACAUGCAAUGCGCUUCAUAGUAGGCCUGUUCAGAUCCAGGUUAUGGUAGAGGCAGGCACAAAUGUUUCCUACUCAAUUCAACAUGAAGACCAUUUAGUUGCAAACUCAUCAGUGGACAGAGGGACCACACCCCACAACAUGACACUGAGUGUAAGUGUGGUGGAGAAGCUUGGACAUGGCUGCCACAACCUGACUCUAACUGCCUCUAACAGGGUCACAGCCCACAGAGUGUCCACUGAUCUGGAGCUGUGUCUGCUUGAGCCCGUCGAAGGCCUGCAGGCCUCAGUGAUAGCGGAGGAAAACAAGUGUCCAGACUCUACCGAUCUCAUCACUGGUGUUUCGUUGGAGCAAGGAGCCCCUGUGGAGCUGCUCUUCACUCUGACUGGAGCCAAGGAUACUCUCUCUGAGACUAGAGACAUGCUCAAUGGCAGCUUACAAGCUUAUACAUUCUCCAGCCCACUUGAAGGAUUGUUGAAGGUGAAGGUAAGAGCCAUGAAUGCCUUCUCUAACUCUGAUGUGGAUGUGGACUUAGACAACAUACUUCAAGCUUGCCAGAAUUACUCUGACCAUUCACCAGAUGAACAUGGAAACACAAGAGGUAACAUGAGUAUCGACGACUCUAAUGACUUGAAAAUAAUUGCUACCCCAGACACUUUGGUGGACUACACUCAGAGUGUCACACUGAGCGUAACUGGAACUGAAUCAUUACCCAGCAAAGGACUCACAUUUGAAUGGAAAUGUAAAGGAAACUGCAAAUGCAGAAACAAAACAACAGAUGAAACUCAUGUUAUCGAAAAAGACUGCCUUCCAGAUCCCUUUGAUAUUUUCAAUUACGCUUUAACUGUGAGGAGAAUAACCUGGUUUAGGAAAUGGGUUGACCUUGCUUCAGCUUCAAAGUGUAUCACUGUUGCUCCAAAGGAAUUCACAGAUGUCACCAUCAGUUGUGAUGAUUGCGCUUCGAUGAAUGUGAACAACCACGUAAAGCUAAGACUGAGCUGUGUGAGAACGUGCCCAGACGUAGUUUGGUAUAUUGAGGACCCCAAACCUUUGACGGGUAACCUUGAAAAAUGUUACUCCAAAGUGGGAAGAAGGCGUCCUAUUGAGAAGCAGGAUGGCAACACUGAAUAUGUUGUACAUAGCCAACAUCUGAAAGUUUCAAGGGACACAUUGCACAACAUCAGUGUGAUAGCUUAUGGCAAGAAGGAGGCAGGUUUUGCCAAGUACACUAUUCCAAUACCAGGUCCUGAGCCAACUGAACCAUCUGCAAACUCAGCAGUGACAACUGAUAGACCUGCAGACACCAGCCCCCCCUCAUGUAGCAUCUCUCCGCUGUCAGGAACAGUUCUCAAUGCUUUUGACAUUACCUGCAAAGCAAGCUCUUUCUGCUCUACGGGCUGUUUUUAUUGCUUCAAGACAGACACAGGCAAACAUCUGCGCUGCAGUAAUGCACGUGAGGUGAAAUCUGUCUUCCUGCCUCUCGGAGAUAAGAACAACAAUUACAGUUUGUCUGUUGUGGUGACUGUGAAAAAUGAACAUGAGAAAGCCACCACAACUGUCUCCACUCAGGUACGGAAGAGCAGCUCCAGUACCUCUGUGGAGGCUCUCCAAUCUGCAGUGGAGGAUACUGUGAGUCUGUUAGAGCAGCAAGGUCUGCUCUCUGGUGAGGCACUGGGACAAAUAUUUACUUCAUUUUCUGAUAUGCUGAAUACAGAGGCGGGCCAAGCUCAGAAUGAUGCAAGGAGAAAGCUCAGAGAGCAAAUGUUGACCAAAAUGACCACAGUUCUGCUGGACUCACCCAGCAACACAACUCAGGAAGUGCAAGUGACGGCCAGAGCUGUGGCUGGACUCACCCAGCGGCCAGACGAGCUCAGUGCCGCUGCUCAAGAAGAAGCAGGUUCCUUGUUGGUAGACCUCAGCUCCUCCCUCAACACUAUCAGCGUUAAUCAGGAUGGCUGGGUUGAUGGAGAAGUUUUGCAAGCUGCUACACCAAUAGUUGAAGCAGCCAGUAAUAUUUUGAAUGUUUCAUCAAAUAAAAAAGUCUCAGAUUUUCUUCUUACUGGGAUAAACAAUGUUCAAAGCGCUUUGCUGAAUAAUAAAAUGCUGAAUGGAGACCCUGCCAUCAUUGAUUCUGGUCAGAUCAGUGUGUAUGUCAACAGAGUAUCUCCAGAAAAGUUACAAAUGCAGGAUAUAAAUGUCCAGAAGAAAAGCUCCUCCAGAUUUUCCUUCCCCACACUGCCUGCUCAUAUUGUCUCUCCAGAGGAGCCAGUGGAUGUCAGAAUGAUGAGUUUUGAGACAAAUCCGUAUUCUUGGAAGAAGGAAAACAUCACAGGAACUGUAGGAUCCAUCUCUCUCACCAGAGUAAACGGCACUGUCAUUCCUGUAGAGAACUUACCUGACGAGAUAGAGAUUCUCCUCCCGAGGCUUGACGUUGGGCAGGAGAACAGCACAGUCCUGGACCUGGCCAAUUUCAGCACAUUAAUAAUUGACGUUCCUUCACCGGAUGUAACACUGGUGCUGAAAAUGGAGCCGUCUGAAGACAUUUCCUUCAUGCUAUUCCUGGGAUGUAAAGGUUAUCCAAAUGAGGAGAAUUAUGUAGCCAAGACUCAGAUCCCUCUAAAGAAUUCCAAAGAAGAGGAAAAAUAUACAUGGGUGCUGAGUCCCAAAGACAGAACAGGAGAUAUUGGAGUGCACUACCUUAUUAUGAAGCCCAUUGUAGAGCCAGGCGUCAAAUCCAUCAAUGCCACUGUCACUGUCAUUUCCAUUGCUGCCCAGUGCAAAUACUGGAAUGAAACUGAGUCUUCUUGGAGUGAACAUGGCUGCAGGGUCGGUCCGCUCACCACGCCUUUGGUCACUCAGUGCCUCUGUAACCACUUAACUUUCUUUGGCAGCUCUUUUUUUGUCAUGCCGAACGUAGUGGACGUGUCACGCACCGCAGAACUUUUUGCUACUUUCACUAACAAUCCUGUGGUGGUGUGUUUUGUGGGGGCCAUCUUUGCUGCUUAUCUCCUGGUGGUUGUAUGGGCACGCAGGAAAGACAUCCAGGACUCAGCCAAGGUGAAGAUAACAGUGCUUGAAGAUAAUGACCCCUUGGCUGAGUAUCGUUACAUGCUGAAUUUAAUCACAGGGCAUCGGCAUGGUGCAUCCACCUCCUCUCAGGUGACGAUAACUCUGCUGGGUACAGAGGGAGAAAGUGAGCCCCACCACCUGACAGACCCUGAGAAACCAGUGUUUGAGAGGGGUGGGGUGGACAUGUUUCUGCUGACCACACACUUUUCUCUUGGGGAUCUGCAGAGCAUCAGGCUGUGGCACGACAACUCGGGAGCACACCCUGCAUGGUAUGUGAACAAAGUAAUGGUGCAAGAUCUGGAGAGUGGUCAGAAAUGGCACUUCCUGUGUAACUCCUGGCUGGCUGUAGAUGUGGGAGAGUGCACUCUUGACAAGGUCUUCCCAGUCGCCACGGAAAUGGAUUUGAAGAGGUUUAGUAACCUGUUCUUCAUGAAGACAGCCAAGGAUUUCCGUGACGGCCACAUCUGGUUCUCUGUCAUUAGUCGGCCUGCCUGCAGCACUUUCACAUGUGUGCAGCGAGUGUCCUGCUGUUUUUCCCUGCUGCUGUGCACCAUGCUGACCAGCAUCAUGUUUUGGGGCAUCCCCACCGACCCCUCGGAGCAGACCAUGGACCUGGGUCACAUCGAGUUCACCUGGCAACAAGUCAUGAUUGGAGUUCAAAGUUCAAUCAUCAUGUUUCCCAUCAAUCUCCUUAUUGUGAGUAUCUUCAGAAACACUCGUCCUCGAGAGAAGACCGCCAAAACAGACGCGUCCAAACAUGGGAAGACUGGUCGAGUUUCUCCCUCACAGACUUCUUCCCCUCAGAAAGAGUUGAAGGACAUCACACCAGACACUGUGAUCAAGGACAUAAAGAGAAUUGCUCAGUCACUCUCAAAGGCCAUGAAGAGUCCGCUCCCUGACCUGGAGCUCCGGCCCGGUCAGCAGGCGGACAUCAACACUCUGCUGUCUCUGGUGGAGGACAUCAUCAGACAGCAGAACCAAGCGGCUGGGGACUUCUACACUGACGCCUCCAAGAGGGAUCGCUCUAUGAUCCUCAGCUUACGUGCAGUUAAUCUACAAGAAAACAGUGUGUGGGGGAGCCCUGAGUUGACUUCAGAUGAAGUUCAGAAGAAGAGCAACAACAGCAGGUAUCUGUACAGGCAGCUGCGUCAUGUUGAGAAGGAGCUGGGUUUGUUGGGACCUUCUCGAUUUCCAAACCCAGACAGCUACAACCGAGCCAUGCAGCAAGUUCAGGGAAUGAGGGGUCUCCUAGAGUACCACCUCCCUUCUUCCAGCCUGGAAGGAGACCAGCUCGAGCGCAUCCCCAGUCCAGAAGAGAGCAUCAACGGAGACUCCACCAAGAAGUCCUGUCAAGGAGGGCUGCCAUGGUGGUUUGUGUUUGUUGGCUGGAUACUGGUGAUAGCAACCAGUGGUGUGUCGGGAUACUUCACCAUGAUGUAUGGGCUGACGUACGGGAAAGACCGCUCUAUAAGCUGGCUUAUCUCCAUGGUGGUCUCCUUCUUUGAGAGUCUCUUUAUCACUCAACCUCUGAAGGUUCUUGGUUUUGCUGCUUUCUUUGCUCUUGUUCUGAAGAAAGUUGACCAGGAGGAGUACAGAGAGCCCCAGAUAGAUGAGAGUCUGAGAAACACAGAUGACCCUGAUGCAGUGCGCGCAGCAAGAAGAGACAGCACAUGCAGUUUCUAUCAGCCACCACCUCCCACUGACAUCGAGAGGAUGAGGAACAACAUGAUUAAAGAGCAGAAAGUCUUUGCCCUCAUAAAGGAGAUUCUUGCCUACAUGGGAUUUAUGUGGAUGUUGCUCCUGGUGGCGUACGGUCAGAGGGACCCCAAUGCUUACUUUCUGACCCAACACAUUCGACAGAGCUUCAGCAGAGGGAUCUCAGACAGUAUGAGUAUUCAGGAUGUGUUCAACUGGGCAAACACAACUCUGCUGAGCGGCCUGUUUGGAGAGCACCCAGGAUUCAUCACAGAUGGAAACUCCAAGCUGGUGGGUAACGCUCGUCUUCGCCAGGUGAGGGUGUAUAAAAAUUCCUGCCACAUGGCUCCAUCCAUACAGCAGUCUGAGCAGGACUGCCACGCUCCGUACUCAUGGGAGCUGGAGGACAUGGGCUCCUACGGUUCAGGCUGGAGCUGCUCUGUGGGUGAUAACACCUCACUGAACCAUCAGAGCCCGUGGACGUAUCAGUCCCAGGGUAAACUGAGGGCCUACCCCCUCUGGGGCAGCGUGAUGCUCUACAGAGGAGGAGGGUUUGUGGUGAAUCUGGGGCCAGAUUUACAAAAUUCCAGCAGAUCCCUUCAGUACCUUUAUGACAACACCUGGUUUGAUGUGUACACCCAAGCGGCCUUUGUCGAGUUCACUGUGUACAAUGCUAACGUCAACCUCUUCUGCAUUGUCACACUCAUGCUGGAGACCACAGCCAUUGGAGCUUUCCAGUUCCGCAGUGAGCUUCAGAGUGUGCGUCUUUACCAGUCAACCGGCGGCCUUCACAUCUUUGUCAUGGCUUCCGAAGCUAUCUACUUCCUCUUCAUCAUUUAUUACAUGUUUGUCCAGGGAAAGCUGAUGAAGCAGCAGAGAUGGGCUUACUUCAAGAGUAAGUGGAACCUGCUCGAGUUGGCGAUUAUCAUCCUCAGCUGGAGCACGUUGUCUGUCUUCAUCAAAAGGACUUUACUGGGAAAGCGGGACAUGGAGUACUACCAGAACAACAAAGACCAAUACGCCAGUUUCCAUGAGACAGCCAAGGCAGAUGCAGUGCUGGGGUAUCUGAUUGCCUUCCUGGUGCUGUUGGCUACAGUCAAACUGUGGCACCUGCUGAGACUGAACCCAAAGCUUCACAUGAUCACAGCCACGCUGCAGCGAGCCUGGACUGAUAUUUCAGGCUUCCUGGUGGUCAUGACCAUCAUGUUCCUGGCCUACUCCAUUGCUUCUAACCUGAUGUAUGGGUGGAAGCUAUACUCCUAUCGGACUCUGCUGGAUGCUGCACAGACCAUGGUCAGCCUGCAGCUUGGCAUUUUUAACUACGAUGAGGUUCUGAAUUACAAUCCAGUGCUUGGUGCUUUCCUCAUCGGCUCCUGCAUUGUGUUCAUGACCUUUGUGGUGCUGAACCUCUUCAUCUCUGUCAUUCUGGUGGCAUUCAGUCAAGAGCAGAUACAUCACCAGCCAUCUGAAGAGGAUGAGAUCGUGGACCUGAUGCUGAUGAAACUUUGCAGUUUGUUUGGACUCAAAUAUAAGAAACAAGGGGGCGACUGCCUAACUGAGAGGCCAGUUGUCACAUCUGCUUCUAAUAAUGGACUCUCAGCGAUUUCUUCUGGGAAAAUUUGUGAGGGCUGAAAUGUUCCUCUACAGUCAAACAGAAGUUAAACAUUAAAAGCUUUGCUUCAGUUUUUGCUUACCAUAGCUUGCUUCAUUUAUUCAAACCAACAUGUAUAUACAUUACUAGCAUUUCUCUCUAGUGCUGCAGAUCUGUCACUAUUGUAGGAGAAGCUGAAACACAGAGAGAAAGUAGGAACUGAGGAUAAUCCUUAUGUUAUGCGCUGAGGCACUGUAAACAAAUACAUUUGUGUUUUUGUGACUAAAUCUUGUAUAAUAUGCUUUUAUUCCAUUAAAUAAUUAUUCAUGGAUACUAGUGAAACA